AUGGAGUCCUUUAUACCCGUUGACCUGCCAGUUCAGAAGCCAGAUGUGAACGAGAAGGAACGCAGCUCAAGAAGAAGACAUUCACUAUAUAAAGACCGUUGGAAAGAUUGCGGCUCAUCUCCGAACAGACUAGCUAAGGCUACGGCGAAGACAUCCUUCGGGUCCCUGAUAUCAGAAGGAGCAGAUGACCAAGAUUACUACCCAGAUUACCUUGAACAAAAGUUCAGUCGGCAGUGCGUAGUGGGUUCAAAACCGUUUCUCCCUGAUAUAAAGACAAAAGAAAAGCCGGAGAAGACCGCCCGUGUAAGAAGGAAAUGGCCCCAAGUCACGCUGUACGACAGGACAGGACCAAAAGAGACUGAUGCUGUAAAACACAUUAUUAGGCUGAGAGAAAAGCUGGAGUGGGAAAACCCCUCAUUUCCACGUUCUCUGAAGUACAGCCCUACGAUCACGGCUCCAAAGCACACCCUAAAGGUAUGCUCGAAAGAUGACGGCGAGUUCGUAUACUGCCUUCCUCUGGAGAACACCAGAGGCAUGUUCAAUGAGUAUGAUCUUCAAGCGGUCUCUGCCCACAAAGCGAAAAGCUGCAAAGUGUUUUGGAUGGUUAGUGCUUCAUUUGUCUCAAAGAUCACUAAAACAGGAGUCAACAAGGAGGAAGUGGAACUUAUACCCACUGUGCAGUGGCUCUCAGAACGACACUACUUCUAUUUACUACUGCAGUUUAAGAUCUUUUACAACUUCCGGAUAAAUAAAGCCUUUAUUACUUGGAAACUAAAUGUUAAAAGACAGAAGACAGAGUCCAGCAGAUCAUACCUGUACAACCACCUGUUCUCUGCUGAUGAGUUAUUCCAAACUUGUUUGCUUUAUGUGAGAGGACUCUGUGAAGAUGCCCUGACUCUCAAAAAGAACAAGAAAGACAACCCAUCCGCCAUCUGCCUUAUCAAGGUGGACACUUCCCGAACGUACAGUCUGGAAAAGUUUUGUGAGGAGCAGUUACAGCAGACCACCCAGGCAGUGGUGCAGCUUGAGGAGAUGAGGAGUAAAGCAAUUGUGGAGAUAAAGAGCACAGCCUUGAAGGUCGCGGAAAAGAAAGACGUUAAGGAAUACUUUGAGUCAAAACCGGCUGAAAUCGACACAACCCACUUCAAGCUGCCCCAGUAUCGAUGUUUAUUAGAAACGAACAUGAAGUUUUUAAAGCUGAUCGACUACCUGUUUCAAGAACUCAUUCGCCAGCUCAUGAACUCUGCACUCAACCAGCUCCUGGACCUUUUCACCCACUCUGCCAGGACGCCAUUUUCCAAGGAAAGAAGGAACGAAAGUCUCAUGAGGACAUUUCGAGACAGGAAGAUCUUUUCUAGGAAGAUAUCAGAUGAUGGUGAAUUCGUUCAUUCAAGGUUAACUGCUUUUUCUGCUCAAGACUCAGAACUAAAACAAGACACUAAUGUUAAUGAGACUUCAAACAGACAUACUGCCAAGACAGAUUUGAAGAAAGCGUAUGCAGCGAUAUUUGAGAUCAGCUUCUGUCUGAGAACUCCCACUGUUAGCGACUCUCCGGAGGACCUUGAAGAGAAUACUCAGAAGAAGAAGCAGAGCCGCGAAGAGUCUCUGAUGUAUGAGGAAGAACAGGAGAACCGAGUGAGAACGGUGAGCGAAGACCUGCUCAGCCAGUACUACCAGCCGAGCAAGUUUGGCGUCGUCCUCAAACGCAUCCUUUCAGACACGGGACUCCUGCUUGAGUCUGAGCAAGAGCGCUUCUAUAAUAAAUUGUCUGAAUUCCCAACAAACCUCUUCAUGGAACCCAACAGACUGGACUUUUCAACACAAUUCCAAAAUAUGAUAGCAGCAAUAGAAAAGUAUGUAACCUCAAUUGUCCCUCUUCACCGAGAUCCUCGCCUGUCCACCCUUGUUGAUUUGGUUUCAGUCCCGGAUUUAUCUAAUCAGACAAAAGGUAGAGUCAAAUAUAAGAAGCAUGCGCAAUGGCCAGAUUACUAUAUCCUGUUUGACACGGAUGCUGAUUACCAGAACAAAAUUGUGAGUCUGCUGACCCUCAUUGGUAAUUCAGUGGGCCUGGUUAGCGGCUACAGCUACAGGUUUCUGAAAUACUGUUACAUGGUAGAAAAGGCCAAAGUCAUGUGUACGAAACUGCCAGUCAUGAUGAACUUAACGUCCAUUGAGUUUAAAAAUAUAAUACAUAAGUUCAGAAGCUACCUAAAGCAGAUCGUCACCAUGGCUGUCGAGAUGCGCCUUGGAAUCUUCUGUGUGAAGACUCUGGAUUAUCAACUAGCAUGCUUGCCGUAUGUUGAUAGCAUCAUACAAAUGAGCUACAACCUGUUACGAUGCACCAUCGAGGACAGAAGUGCAAAUCUAUUAGAAAUUUUAGAAUCCUCGCUGCGCCAGCUGGACGAGGAGCCCACAGAGGUAGAGCAGUUUGUGGAACACUUCAAUUUCUUGGAUGAAAUUUCCUCGAGCAUAACUCAAAUAGAAAAGGACUUCUGCACGAUUACUGAGCUGUAUUCCGUUGUGAGGCAUUACCACAUCGACAUUCCAGAGGAGCAGAUUGCCAUAUACAAAAUCCUCUUCAUGAAGUUUAACUAUCUGAAAACGUCCGUGAAGCUGGUAGCCACCAGUAAAGAAGCCAACCUGACCAAAUUCAGGAACAGUUUGGAGGCAUAUAUUGUCAGCCUGCGAGUGGACGUCAGUAAUUUAAAAGAUAAAAUAAGAAGUCCCGUCCUGCUGUCCACCAGUACUCCAGUACAACAAGCCAAGGACAUCAUACAGUCUCUCUCAGCGGAAACUGAAAGCUUGACUCUAAAGGUGAAAACGUACUCAACCUACCAAGACUAUUAUGAUUACGCCCAUUUCCACAUGAACACUCUCAAUGUGGACGAGUUCACCCAGCUAGUGAUGACGGAAAUCUCCGACAUCGAGUGCGACCUGAUGCUGAGAAAAUUAUUAUGGGAAGCGCAAGAGGAAUGGGGGACAUAUUUCUGGGAGUGGAGGAACUGCACUCUCCAAGGCAUUGACAUUGAUUUAGUGAAGAACAAUGUCUCCAAGUGGCUGCACAUAAUCAUUGUACUGGAAAAAGGCUUACCUAAGAAUGAUAUGGUAGCGCUGCUGAAGCAGUCAGUGUUAGACUUCAAACAAGAGCUGCCGAUCAUCACAGCACUGGGAAACCCCUAUCUCAAGGCACGGCACUGGGAGGCUCUGCAAGAGAUCACUGGAAAGUCAAUCUCUCUUGAUAAAAACCUCUCAGUAGAGAAACUUCUGGCUCUCAAGAUGUUUCCGUAUGAAAAGAAAAUCAUUGAAAUAUCAAUAUCAGCAACUAACGAAGCCUCUCUGGAGAGGAUGCUGUUCAAGGUCAUCGAGCUCUGGAACACGUCUCCCUUGCACCUGGUCCCGCACAUCACCGACGGCCGCUCCAUUCUCAUCAUCUCAUCCACUGACGACCUGAUAGCUCAGCUGGAGGACUCCCAGGCCAUCCUUUCAACCAUCAAAGGAUCUUCGUAUCUCAGGCCAAUUAAGCAUCUUGUGAAUGAAUGGAAUCAAAACUUGACCCUCUUCUCUCAGACCAUUGACGAAUGGAUGACCUGUCAAAGAAAUUGGCUUUCUCUUGAACCAGUCUUUCAGUCUUUAGAAAUACAGAAACAGCUGGCGGCAGAGACAAAAAUUUUCUCCCAGGUGCUUCUCACGUGGAGAGAAAUAAUGUCUCGAGUACUGAACAAACUAAAUGCCCUGCAUAUAACCAUCACCACGGGAAUCCUGGACAGUCUGAAAACUUGCAACGGACAUCUUGAGAGCAUCAAGAAAAGUCUCGAGGAAUACCUUGAACUUAAAAGGAUGAAUUUCCCGAGAUUUUACUUCCUCAGCAACGAUGAACUUCUUGAUAUUCUAGCUAACAGCAGAGAUCCCGAAUCCGUGCAGCCUCACCUUGUGAAAUGUUUUGAAAAUGUAAGACACGUGCUACUGUGGAAACAGGGCAUCGGCCCUCCCUCUGUGAAGAUGCUCAUCUCUGCUGAAGGGGAAGGCCUGGUGCUGCCCAAGAAAAUCCGUGUAAGAACCGCUAUAGAACAGUGGAUGGUAAAUGUAGAAAAAAGCAUGUUCGAUGUGCUAAAGAAAUUUAUAACUCAAGGUAUUGAAGACUGGAAAUUUCAUACUUUCUCUGACUGGGUCAUGUCACAUCCAGGGCAAGUGGUCCUCACUGUGAGCCAGAUUAUGUUUUAUAAUGACUGUUUGAAAGCUUUCAUGAGUUAUAAUCCAAGAGAAAAACUAGAGGCAGUCCACGCCCAUGUGCUGCAUCAACUGGAUGACAUUGCGGUGCUGGUCACGCAGAAUACCAGCAACCUGCGCACAAAAACCAUGCUGGCAGCAGCGCUGAUCAUCCACGUCCACUGCAGAGACAUCCUGACCGAUCUGCUAGUUAAAAACAUCUUCAACAUGCAGGACUUUGAGUGGUGCAGGCAUCUGCAGUACAAAUGGAACGAAAAGCAGAAGCUGUGUUACGUCAUCCAGGCAAACACCAGUUUUGUUUAUGGCUAUGAGUACUUGGGCUGUGCUCCGAGGCUGGUCAUCACCCCCCUCACAGAACGGUGCUGGCUUUCCCUCUCUGAGGCGCUGUACUUCAACCUGGGAGGCUGCACCGCUGGGCCCGCAGGUACCGGAAAAACUGAGACUGUGAAGGACCUGUCGAAAAGCUUUGGUAAACACUGCGUGGUCUUCAACUGUUUUGAAGAUUUGGAUUAUAAGAUAAUUGGGAAAUUAUUCUUCGGGUUGGUGCAGUCAGGAGCUUGGUGCUGUUUUGAUGAAUUCAACCGAAUCGAUAUAGAAGUCCUCUCCGUCAUUGCCUCCCAGAUCCUGAUGAUCAAGGAUGCCAAAGACAGCUAUUCUGUCAGGUUCCUGCUGGAUGGUAGAGAAGUACGGAUCAAUAUGUCAUGCGCGGUGCUGAUCACCGUAAAUCCUGGGUACAGAGGUCGGGUUGAGCUCCCAAGCAACUUAAAAUCCCUGUUUCGCUCAGUGGCCAUGAUGGUGCCCCACUACAAAAUGAUCACUGAAGUAACUCUGUUUUCAUUUGGCUUCAAAUCUUCAAAAUCUCUGUCUGGAAAGAUAGUUAGCCUUUAUGAUUUAGCUGACAAGCAGCUCUCAAAACAGGAGCACUAUGAUUUUGGCAUGAGGACCUUGAAGACAGUUUUAAUAAUGACAGAAAAGAAGAAACUGGAGCAUAAAUGUACUGUCGGGGAGCCUCUCUCCGAGCUAGAGGAGUCGCUGAUCAUCAUCGAGGCCAUCCAGGAAGCCAGUAUGUCAAAGUUCCUUCCUGAAGAUGUCCUACCUUUCGAAAGGAUCAUAGAAGAUGUUUUCCCUGGAAUAACAGUUUCAAAAACGCAACACCUUGCCUUGGAGAAAGCAAUACACAGUGCGACAGAACAACUAGGCCUUCAGCAGUGGCCGCCUCAGAAAGCGAAGAUCAUACAGUUUUAUAAGCAGCUUCAGGCAUGUGUUGGCGUGAUUCUAGUGGGCCCAACAGGCGGAGGGAAGACAACAGUCAGGAAAAUCUUAGAGAAAGCAUUGAUAACAUUGCCCAUUACUUCUGCCUUACCCAUUAAAGAAAGGCAAUCUGACUCAAAGUCUACAGGGAAGAAAGGAAAAGUUGAUGUUUGUGUUUUCAAUCCAAAAUGUAUCACUCUUGGUGAACUGUAUGGACAGCUGAACAUCAAUACCAUGGAAUGGAACGACGGGCUAUUGUCAGCAGCAAUUCGAAACUAUGUCCAUAUUAACACUACAGAUUACUCCAAGAAAGGCAGUGAUCUUGGAAUGUCGGGAGUCACAGAUUUGUCUAACAUUUUCCAAGUUAGUUUCUCUACAGUAGCAGAUAUGGAUAACAACAUUUUUAUGAGCAAACUAGAGAAAAGUUUCAAGACUCCAGAAACUUAUGAUUUUGACUGGCAGUGGAUCGUUUUGGAUGGCCCAGUCGACAUCUUAUGGAUAGAGAAUCUAAACACUGUGCUUGAUGAAACGAGAACGCUGUGCCUGGCAAACAGCGAGAGGAUUAGCCUGACUAACAAGAUCAGACUGGUGUUUGAGGUGGACACUCUCUUUAACGCCACCCCCUCUAUUGUCACCCGGUGCGCAGUGGUAUACAUGGACCCUGUUGACCUGGGAUGGGAGCCUUACAUUAAGUCAUGGCUUCUGAGAACUUCGAAAAGCCUAAGUCAGCAGGGAAUGCAGUGUCUCGAAAUUAUGAUUAAUAAAAGUGUUGAUGAAGGGAUGAAAUUCCUGAAAAAGAAUAAAAAGUUCCUACCCUACCCCAUACAAGAAGUGACGGUCGUUAUGACUCUAUGCAGGAUUCUAGAUGCUUUUUUUGAAUUCAUGCAUAUAAAAAGAGAAACUCCAAAAAGUCAUGAAGCAACGGACAACGGGUCCCCUACCGAGGAGACAAAGGGUUUAAGAGUCAAGUUCAAGGAGGAAAAGAGCUACAACAAGGAAGAGAGGACGUGGUUCCUGGAGAGGUACCCCGAGAAGCUCCCACUGAUGAUUCAGAAGAUAUUCGUGUUCGCAUUCACGUGGGCAUUUGGAGGGAUUUUAAAGCGUGAAGACCAGCAUGAAGAAGACCUGCUGUUCCGUUCAGACUUCGAGCAUGACUCCCCGGCAGAAGUAACCUAUAAUUUUGACAACUUUGCCCGUGAAGUAUUUGAAGACGACUCUGAUAAAGGCAUUGGUAUUCGCUUACCAGGAAGUGAGCAGUCUAUAUUUGGGUAUUUUGUGGACUUACAGGAAUGUGAGUUUAUGCCUUGGUCAGAAUUAGUUCCUAACGCUCAGACCCUAAUUCAAAGAGGGACAUCGAUACUUACCGACUUCCAGCGAUCUGGUGAGAACGUGCUGAGGAUGAAGGAGUACGGAGAGUACGUGAACUAUACUGCUACCAGAGACACCGUCUGCCUCUCUUUCCUCAUGAGCCUUCUCCUGAGGAACUCCUGCCCUGUACUUCUCACAGGAGACUGUGGUGUUGGGAAGUCUACUGCCAUCAACAGGAUGCUUGAGAAGCUGGAGGGCCAAGGAACAUUCGAUAUCAAAUACGGGUCAAUCUUAGGAAAAGUCCUGUUGCAUAAUGAAAUUAAAAGAUCAAGCCUCAGGCAGAAUAUCAACGUCUUGAUUGGUGAAACCGGCAAAGUAGUUGGCGUAGGUCUUGAUCAAGGUGCAAAGACAGAAGAGGAUAAAGGUGAUGAUGACAGCACCGUUAAAAACGGUAAAGGGAUUAUAGUCUCCACAGUAAACUUCACCACCACCAUGACGGCCGCCAAAACCAAGGAGCUGAUUCUGCAGAAGUUAGUGAGAAAAACCAAAGACAUUCUGGGAGCACCAAAGAACAACCGGAUUGUAGUAUUUAUUGAUGACUUGAAUAUGCCACUACCAGACGAAUGCGGAGCGCAGCCACCCCUGGAAUUGAUCAGACAGUUAUUAGACAUGGGAGGCAUUUAUGACACGGAAAGAAACGUGUGGAAGAGUAUUCAAGAUCUUUCUCUAAUUGCUGCUUGUACACCUUCUGCCGGUGGGAAGGACAUCAGCCCCCGUCUCCUCAAGCACUUCUCCAUGCUGGUGUUGCCUCACCCUCCACAGAGUGUCUUGUGCACUGUUUUUCAGGCUCACUUGGGGUUGUAUUUCUCCCUCCAUAACUUCGUAACUGAGGUGCAGAAAUGCAGAGAUCAGAUUGUCUACUGCUCCCUGGCGAUAUAUUAUGAAGUCUGUAAGAAAAUGUUGCCAACACCAACCAAAUGCCACUAUAUAUUCAAUCCCCGAGACAUGUUUAAGCUUCUGCUAGGAUUGAUGCAGGCAGACAAGAGCGUAAUUAACUCCAAAGAGAUGGUUGCUCUGCUCCUAGUUCACGAAGCCAGCCGCGUGUUUCAUGAUCGUUUGAUUGAACCCAAAGAAAAAAGCCUUUUCUAUCAGAUCCUGUCAACAGAACUCCAGAAUCAUAUGCAGGUUUCCUGGAGCCAGGAGAGUCUGAUGAACAACCCAGUUUUAUUUGUGGACUUCAUGGAUGUAAAUAAGCCUCACCGAAAAAGGAUCUACCAGAACACUGAUAACUAUGACAAACUUCUCAACAUCCUCACCGAAUUCCAACAGAAGUUGGGGUCCACAUCCCUGGAGAUGUCUCAUUCGGUCGUAUUCUUCAAGGAAGCUAUAGAACAUAUCACAAGAACUACCAGGGUCCUUCGACAGCCAGGGAGUCACAUGUUAAUGAUUGGAAUGGAUGGCUGUGGGAAGGAAACUUACGGAAUGAUAGCCUGCUACGUGGCAGAAUACAAAAUAUGCAAAGUGCCUAUCUCUCACAACUACGCCAUCUCAGAGUUCAAAGAAAUGUUAAAAAAGGUGUUUAUCCAGGCCGGCUUGGAAGAGACCCCCACAGUUGUCAUGGUUGCCAACUUACAGGAAGAACACGUGUCAUUUCUGGAAGACUUGAACUACAUUAUCAAUGCUGGAAAGAUUUCUAACAUGUUUGAAAACGAGGAACUAGAUUCGAUCGUUAUGAGAGUCAGGACAUUUGCUGAGCAGUCUAGUUGCAUGGAUGAUAGAAAAUAUUUACUCUCAUUAUUCCAAAAGAGAGUAUCUAAAAAUCUGCACGUUUGUAUGAUGUGUACGACUGGACCUCACUUCCGCCAUAGCUGCCGAGUUUACCCCUCUAUGAUUAGCUCCUGCACCAUCGACUGGUUCCAGAGGUGGCCCGAUGAGGCUUUCCUUAUUGUGGCCAACUCCUACCUAGAAGAAAAGCUGAACGUGGAGAACAAAGAGAAUAAGAUAAGGCAGUUUGCCCCAACGUGUGUCGAAAUCCACAAAAGUAUGAAAGACUUGAGCAUAAAAUACUUUGAAGAAACGGGAAGACACUAUUACAUCACUCCCAGUUGCUACUUUAAGUUCCUGGAGACAUUUACCCACAGUCUGCGGAUGAGACAAGAAGAAAUGCAGACAAAGAGGAAUCGCUUCUACAUGGGACUUUCCAAGAUCCUGGAAGCGACUGCACUGGUUACGGACAUGCAGGAGGAACUCUUGAUUAUCGGUCCUCAGAUAGAACAAAAGGCAAAGGAAAAAGAGAUCUUGAUGGAAAAGCUGCGGAAAGACUCUCAAAUCGUCGAAAAGGUGCAGGUGCUUGUGAAGCAAGAUGAGGAGAUUGUGGCUGAACAAGUGAAAAUUGUGGAAGACUAUGCUCAGAAAACUGCCAACGAGCUGAAAAGCGUGCUGCCUUCUUUAGACAAGGCAAUCGUGGCCCUCAACGCCCUGGAUAAAAGCGAUAUUUCCGAAUUGAGAGUCUACGCACGCCCUCCCUACCUUGUUCUGACCGUCAUGAACGCCGUGUGCAUCCUUCUAGAGAAGAAGCCCAACUGGACAACAGCAAAGCUGCUGCUCUCGGACACCAGCUUCCUAAAGCGACUAAUUAACCUGGACAAGGACAGCAUCCCCGAUAAGGUGUUCUUAAGGCUCAAGAAGAUUUUAAAUCUGCCUGACUUCAACCCCAGCAAGAUCGCUAUGGUUUCGGUGGCUUGCUGCUCCAUGUGUCAGUGGGUGAUCGCCUUGAACAACUACCAUGAAGUACAGAAGGUGGUGCGUCCUAAGCAGGCACAAGUGGCGGAGGCACAGAACGUCCUUCAAAUUGCAAAGCAAAGGCUGUUUGAAAAGCAAAGAGGUUUACAACUGAUCGAAGAGCAUCUGCAGUUCUUGCACACGUCCUACAGAGACAUUGUUGCUGAGAAACAUCAACUGGCAAAUCGGAAAAAGCUGGCCACCAAGCGCCUCCAGUGCGCAUCCGUCUUGCUGACUGUUCUGGAGGACGAGAAGAUUCGAUGGCAAGAAACAAUCAAUGAGAUAGACAACAAGUUGAAAGGCAUCUGUGGCGACAUAUUCCUCUCAUCCGCAUGCCUUGCCUACAGUGGAGUCCUGACACCAGAAUUCCGGCAGCUGGUGAUGCAGAAAUGGAAAGACUUCUGCACUCAGGCCGAAAUCAUCUUGUCACCCAAUUUUUCCUUAAUUGAUGUGAUGGCAGAAAAAAAUGAGAUCCGCCGGUGGCAUAACCAAGGGCUGCCUCUCGGCCAGCACUCGGCAGAAAAUGCCAUCCUGAUGAAAAGUACGAAGCAGUGGCCCCUGUUGAUCGACCCACACAAACAAGCGCUCUGCUGGAUCCGCCAGAUGGAAGGGUCCAGGCUGCAAGAGAUUUCUGCUCAAGAUAGCAAUUACGCCAAGAAACUUGUGUUUGCUAUGCAGUCAGGAGACACGGUCCUCCUGCAGAACGUCCCUGAAAUGUUCCCUCCCUCCUUGAGGGCAAUGCUGAAGAAGGACAUUUGCCAGGCAAGAGGGCAGUCCUACAUCAGAAUUGACGAUACUGAAAUUGAAUACAACGAAAAGUUCAGGUUGUACUUAUCUACAGAACUAGAAAACCCCCAUUUUUUCCCAUCCGUUUAUAACUUCGUUACUAUCAUCAACUUCACGGUGACAUUCCAAGGCUUGCAAGAUGAACUCCUGUCUACAGUAGUAAGUCACGAAGUUCCGCACUUAGAAAAUCAACGGGCCCAGUUAUUGGAGAGCAUUUCUCUUGAUGCCAUAACUCUGGAGGAACUGGAGGAUAAAACAUUGACCUUGCUCCAGAAAACAGAAGGAAGUGUGUUAGAUGAUGAAGAGAUUGUAGAAACCCUGAGAAAAUCCAAAAUUACUUCCAAUGAGAUUUCCAAACGCAUCAAAAAAACAGAAAAAGCAGAGAGUGAAAUUCAAGCAACUCGCAAGAACUACCUUCCCAUCGCCACGCGGGGCGCCCUGCUUUACUUCGUGGUGGCCAGCCUCAGGCAGGUGGAGUAUAUGUACCAGUUCUCCCUGGAGUGGCUCCGGAAGGUUUUUGUUUCCUCUACAGUUUCCAAAACCAAAGAAGAAAAGCCUGAUUGGAAGACAGAUGACACUUCUCAGGAAAAAGUCGAUGAGGUUUCCCUAAGUCUCUCAGACCAAGAGAACCUGGAGAGUGAGAGGACUCCCUUAGCUGAGAAUAUCAAAAAUGUGAUAGACACGCUGACAAGAAAUGUGUUUAAGGUGGUCUCUUCAGCUCUAUUUAAUGAGCAUAAACUCUGCUUCUCCUUCCGACUUUGCACGACCAUCAUGAGGGAUCAUUCCAGUGACACUCUGACAGCAGACGACAUAGGAUUCCUACCAGAAGAGGAAUGGAACAUCUUUUUAUAUACUGGCAUUUUGAUAAAUAUUAAAAAUAUACUCUCCAAGCCUAGACUAAAUAGUAUCUUUGAAAUACGGAGAAAGGGGCAUCUCCAGUGGGUGCUGGACCUCAGGUGGAGACAGUGCCAGUACAUCAGCAACCAAAUGGAGUCCUUCUCCCUCCUGUGCAAGUCACUCCUGUCAAAUGAGCAGCAGUGGAACACCUUCAGGGACUCGGAGGCCGUGUACUCCCUACUAAGCCUGCCCUUCUUCUCAGAUGCACCCUCACUUCAGAAAACACCCAGAUCGGCGAAGGAGGCGGAACUUCUGGAUGAAAAUGACGAAAUGCUUCACCCUAUAACUUUUCCUUGGGAAAAACUCACUCAGUUUCAAAGGCUUAUCUUGAUUAAAAUUCUUCGGCCAGACCGUUUAGAAAGUUCAAUAAAAAAAUUUAUAACUGAAAAAAUGGGAAGUGAAUAUAUCCCCGAUACUACAAUUAAUCUGAAAGAGUCAUUUAGCGAGUCUACUGCUCAAACACCGCUGAUCCUCACCUGCUCCUACGGGAUUGACCUCAACCAUCUUCUUCUGAGAUUUGCACAAGAGUUCAAAGGAACGACACCGCAGGUGACCGUGAUUUCCCUGGGCCGAGACCAGGCGACCAAAGCAGAGCAACUCAUUUUUAAGGCAGUGAAAAAAAAGCACCAGUGGGUCUUCCUCCAGAACUGCCACCUCGCAGCGUCCUUCAUGCCAAGACUCACUGCCAUCAUAGACUCAUUUAGUAGUCCAGAUAUGGUGCUAGAUCCUGACUUUAGGCUCUGGCUGAGCUCAAGAGCCUAUGGCUUUUUCCCAAUUACGAUUCUUCAGAAGGGCGUGAAGAUUGCUGUGGAACCUCCCCAGGGAUUGAAAAGCAAUUUACUUCAAAUGUUUGGCUAUGGUGGAAGUGGAGAGGUGACAGAAGAGGUGUUUGAUAAGCCUGAUUGUGGACCAUGGUGGAAAAAAAUUCUCUUCAGCCUCUGUCUUUUCAGUGCUGUGCUCAAUGAAAGGAAAGCGUAUGGAACACUGGGCUGGAACAUCCCUUACCGAUUCAGUUCCUCAGACCUGGAGGUGUCCAUAAAGGUGCUCGCAAAUGUCCUCUCCGGUCAGUCAGAAGUCCCAUGGAAGGAAGUGAACUACCUGGUCUCGGAAGUGACCUACGGUGGCCGGGUGACUGAUGAAUGGGACAAGCGAUGCCUGAAGGCUCUUUUCUACAAAUUCUGCAAUCCUGAAAUACUGAACGAUAACUUCAGUUUCUCUAGCAAUGUGAUGUACCAAGCAGUGCCCAGCUCCGCAAGCUUAAAGGACUGCAUCAGCAUUAUCCAGUCCUUUCCAGAUGAUGACUCUCCCGAAAUAUUAGGAAUCCACCCCGAGGCCACAUACACCUGCAAUGAGAUCAAGGCCCAGAAAUACAUUGAAAAUCUCAUCUAUAUGCAACCAAAAGAUACCCCAGGCACCCCCAUGAUCAACCCGGAACAGAGCAAUGACGACCUAGUGAUGGAGGUCCUAUCUGACAUAAUGAUGCAGUUGCCCCAGACGGUGGAGAAUGAGGAAGUUUCCGGACUUGAAAACCAAUGCACUUUCAAAUUCAUUAUGUCAAGUCCAAUGUGGGAGAAGCUUCAUAAAAAUAUUCAAGGAUAUGAUCCCAUUAUCCACUCUGUCUUGAUCCCCUUCCUGAAAAAUGAAAUAGAACGUUUCAACAAGUUAUUGUCUGUCAUACAUAAAUCCUUAAAGGACCUUCAGCUCUCUCUAAAGGGAGAGAGCAUCCUCACUCCGGACCUGGAGGAGACCUAUGACUCCUUCCUUCGGGCCAGAGUGCCCAUGCUGUGGCAGAAGAACGCCUACAAGUCCUGCAGGCCCCUGAGCUUCUGGGUGAGCAACCUCAUCCAACGAGUGAACUUCUUCAACACCUGGGCCAAAGUGGCCUACACCACCAUACACCAUCGGUACAUGAUGUUCAUCACAACCUGGAAACGGCUUGGCCAGAAAUCCAAACACCACCCUGACUCUGGGAGCGAAGUCACUGAGGGUUUUCCUGCACGAUACUGGCUGUCUGCUUUCUUCUCUCCACAAGCUUUUCUUACUGCCGUGCUUCAAGACUAUGGAAGGGCCCAAGGAAUCUCCAUGGAUGCCCUCACUUUCACUCACAAAGUAAUUUAUAAUAGUGAUGGCAGCCAAGAGGAUGACUUCUCCAAAUUUCUCCAGAAGAGGCUCAACAUCGUCAGGAGAGCUUUCCAGCACCACCAAGAGCACCCUCACGAAGGAGUCUACAUUUUUGGUUUGUACAUUGAGGGAGCACGAUGGGAUCCGCAACAGGAAGUGCUGGAAGACACACUGCCCGCUCAGCUGUGCUGCGAAUUCCCCGACAUCCACUUCUUGCCAACAAAGAUUACUGAAAUACCUGAGGAUUCCGACCAGUCAGAACUGCAAACUUUUGAAUGUCCAGUUUACCACACACCUGAGAGGUCAAGAGACGCUAAUGGUUUACCGACAAGUCUUUUGACAUCAGUGCAUUUACCGACGAAGAAGCCUCCGAGCCACUGGAUCACCAUGCAGGUCGCACUGCUAUGUGAGAAGAAUGAAUGAAAUAAAUAUGCAUACCAAAC